AUUCAGUACUAUGGAGAAUUACUAGUGGGAACGCCACCACAAAAGUUCCGUGUACUCUUCGAUACAGGAUCAACCGAAACUUGGCUUCCCUCAAGAAAAUGUUGGUUUCUCGACAUUCCAUGUUGGUUCAUUCGAUUCUACGACAGUUCAAAAUCAUCCACGUACCAGUCAAAUGGUACCAAAUUUAAUAUAAGUUACCUGGUUGGCAGUUACUCUGGAUUUUGGAGUAUGGAUACAAUGCAG